AUGCAGUGGCAGAUACAGCUUCUACUUGUUGUUCUUCUAAACGGCUUGCUAUUGCAUGCCAAGGAUCUGCAAGAAUGUGAACUAGUAAAAGAUGGUUAUCAUGUGUGCCGUGAAAUCGAGAGUUUCGAUCAAUUGAAUCAGUAUGUGAAAAAUGGAUGGCAAAGCGUCAAGAUAGUCAAUGAGCAUACUGGCAUUGAGAUUACUCAUAAGCCUAUGCCAAAUUUAGCCAAACUGAUUAAACUAGAUCUAUCGGAAUCUGGUGGCUUGACCUUGGGCAAACAAGGCUUUAGGCAGUUCGAGUUGCUGCAGGAAUUGAAUAUUACCCAUUGCCAAUUGGAGGAACUGAAAGAGCAACAUUUUAGCAAUAUGCGUAAUCUUUUGAGCAUGGAUGUCAGCUACAAUGAUGUGCAGUUAAUCGGUGAACAACUAAUGAGUCAGUUGCCCAAUUUGAUAUAUGCCAAUUUCUCCAACAAUCUGAUAGCUGAGAUCGAACCGAAUGCCUUUAAGAGCCUGAAGAAAUUGAUAUUCUUGGACUUGACCACCAAUGAGCAGGAUAAUGUGACCAUUGGAGAGAAUGCUAAUCUACGUUAUCUAUCCAUCAGUAAUAAUAAUGUGCGAGAUUUUCAUUGGUGCCGUUUGCGUGGCCUGCCUAAACUAGAGGAAUUGCAUUUACAUAGCAAUUGGCUGGAGGUAUUGGAUGUGGGCAUAUUUUAUCAUCUACCCAAGUUGAGGGUUUUCAAUGUAUCCAACAACAAUAUUUAUGACAUUAAGCCAAACCUAUUCAUGGGUCCAAGCGAGGUAGCAAUAACACCUUUGGAACUGCUUGAUUAUAGCUCAAACAAUGUUAAACUAUUGGACGAUAAUGUCUUUUAUAGACUGAACAAUCUGAGAACCCUUAAUCUUUGGUUCAAUCAGAUUAAUAAGAUCUCAGCCAAAGCCUUUCAAGGUCUAACCAAACUGGAAUCGCUUCAUCUGCAAGGCAAUAAGAUUACGGCUCUACCCGAUCACGUUUUCGCCAAUUUAACAUCCCUGGAGAUUCUUGAUUUGAGCAGAAAUGCUCUAAGACAACUGAAUCGUGAGACAUUUGGUAACGGUCUUUUAGGAAAAUUGUGGAUGCUAGAUUUGAGUAAUAACAAUCUUGAGCAAUUACAUCCAUUGGCCCUCUCGUCGUUGCCCUUUCUGCGGGAAUUGCGUUUGAGACGCAACAAGUUGACGACAUUGGACAUUCGCAUGUUUGCCCCAUUGCGACGUCUGCAAUUGCUUACAUUGAGCGAGAAUCGGUUAGAGGAAAUCGAUAUCGACAUAUUGGAUAGCUUUGAUCGUUUGACUGCUCUGGAGAUAAAUAACAAUAAGUUGACCUAUCUGCCAGUAUUGAAAUCAUCGAAUUAUUUAGCUCAAUUGCAGCAAAUCAGCAUUGAGGGCAAUCCAUGGCAAUGUUUGUGUCUGGAUGAGAUUACCGCCUGGCUGGAUACACGACAAGUGAGAUAUGCACGGCCAUCGAGUGCCUAUUAUAGUGGACGCAAACCUCUCUGUGUGGUCACGCCCAUGGAGCAGUGCAUCAGGGAUUUGAAUUCGGUGCGCGCGCAGGGAAUUGUCGAGAGCUAUGAGCAGAUUUGAAACGCAUUUAAGACUGAAGGAUGGAGGAGUAAUGGUAAUAAAUCAAUAUCACUAAA